AUGGCUUACGCGAUGCAUUUAAUACUAUUGCUGUCCUUAGCAUUGGGAUUAGGUGCCGCUCAAGAUUUCACGACAGACGGAUUUAAUGAUAAAGUAAACAGCGUUGAACCAAACCCAUCUGUUCGGUUAGACCCUUAUAUAAGAAAAGCUCUACUGAAAGCUCUCAGUGACCUCGAAGAAAGCGGCAAAGCCACAGACUCUGAUAACACAGACCCCACGUCUCCAACAAGUGAUGAAACCUUAACUACAAGUGAAAACUCUUUUGGUGCAAGAAAAACAAAAGAGAACAUACAAAUACAUUCCUUUGUUGUAAACGGUCAGGAAGCUUUCAAGAACAGCUCGAAUACAUCACCUACGUUAUUGGACAAUAAGAUAUCAAUACUAAGUACAACGGUCGGUAAUGUCGAAAACUACAUAACUGCAACAUUACCAACUCAAACACCGUACAAAGAAAUCUUCCAAGCUAAGGAAUCGGGAAUUAAUGUCCAACAGAUAAGAAGCAUUCCAAGCACAUCAAAGUCUAACUUUGCCAGUAGUCAAAUAAACAGAAUCAGUACAUCCAAGCCACGAUUAAUAUCUACCACGUCAUCAACAACGACCACCACAACUACGACUACACCUAAACCAACUCACGACAAAGAUGGUCUAAACAUCGAAGAGGUUGACAAACGUGACGUACAAGUAUACCAAGCACCUCUAGUUGCAGCUUUUACUGUUCACCAAGAUGCUCAUGGGAUACCUAAGAAAGUCAUCCCUAUAUACCAGCAAAGUAACCAAGAGGUAUCGAAAACUUUGCCUGUAAAUAUACCCUCACAUGAUCAAGCUAAUAUAAAUGGAGCUCAAAAACUUCCUCAGUCAGAUUAUUUGGCUCAACAGCUUGCUUUGCAAAAACAACUUGAGGAGAAACAAAGAUUUUUAGAAGAACAGCUUAGGCUACUUCAACUUCAACAACGACAGCAAGAGGAAUUAUUACGUAAGCAACAAUUUCUUCUUCAGCAAAAGGAGGCGCAAAGACAACAACUCUUUUUGCUAGAGCAGGAACAAUUGAAAAGGCAGUUUGCAGAACAACAAAAUAACCAACAGAAGAACGUACAGCAAAUACAACUAAACAACGUUGGCAUUAGACCACCGACACCUCAGAUUUCGAUUCAACCUAGCGUAGCCUUAGAACAAAGUAACACAUUAGCUAAUCAAGCGUUACCUAACAAAGAAGCUAUCGAUUUUCUCAUCCAUCUUCGCAAUCAACAAUCGGAGCAGUUUCCUUUACAGAAUAACCACCUCCCGCAAGGAAUAACGACCUUUUUGCAUCCUUCAUCCAAUCAGAACUUCGCCCAAAAUCAAAAUAUAAAUCAAGCGAGUAAAGAAGCUGUUGCACUUCCAAAGCCAGUAUUUAGAAGCUAUAGGCCACAAGAUGAAUCUUUACAACAGGCAAAACUACAAGAUGCAGAACCUGCUAAGGUGGAAGAAGAAGUAAAAGAUUUAGUAGAAGCUGGCAAAGAAAAGGUAAUAUUACAAGACUUAGACAUAGCAUCUCUAGCACCUCGCAAGCCAGAUUGGGAUCUAAAGAGAGAUGUGGCAAAAAAGUUAGAGAAGUUGGAAAGGAGAACACAAAAGGCAAUCGCAGAGUUGAUUUGGGAGAGGCUUAAGAAUGGAACAGAAGAUAAUUUAGGAGCAAUGCUUACUAUGCCGGAUAAUAGGAUACCACAAGAUGAUUGA